CGGCAAUCUCCGGGCGAGGGGAGGGGAUUCAUGAGAUCGAUUGACUCGGGAGGCUGGAGCUCGAGCGAGGACACGGCGAUGAUCAAAAGGGAGGCAGCCCCUCAGGCCUGACGCUCAGACAGAUUCCUGUUUUGCUCGUUUCUCGUCUCGCCUCGCCUCGCCUUCAGCUGCGCUUCCCCUCUGCUGCUGCUGCUGCCUGUCGAUCGAUCGCUGCAACCAUCCAUCAUGAGGUCUCGCGUUGCUUCUUCUGUGAUCCGGGCCUUCCGUGCCGCCUCGUCGCGGUCUGCCUCAUCUCUUGCUGGAGAUGGAAGAGCAGUGAUGUCUGCUGCCGCCUGCAGGCACUCUGCCGUGGCACCUGCCGUGACCGCGGGCAAAGCAUGGACGAACUCUUCAUACGGAACUGUGUUGUCGACUGCUGCGUUUUUGUCGGCCUCUGUGUACACUUUCGUCGACCAGGAGCUGUCAGCUGCGGAGCUGGAGCGAACUUUCAUCGCAAUCAAGCCUGAUGGUGUCCAACGAGGCCUGAUCUCCGACAUCAUUGCACGAUUCGAGAAGAAGGGUUACAAGUUGGUGGCCAUCAAGCUGGUGCACCCCACGAAGGAUUUCGCCGAGAAGCACUAUGACGAUCUCAAGGGUCGCCCCUUCUUCAACGGACUGACUGACUUCCUCAGUUCCGGCCCAGUGGUUGCCAUGGUCUGGGAGGGUCAAGGAGUGAUCAAGUACGGACGAAAGUUCAUCGGAGCCACCGCUCCCCUUGCGUCCGAGCCCGGAACAAUUCGUGGAGAUUUCGCCAUCUCGGUCGGAAGGAACAUUAUCCAUGGCAGCGAUGGACCGGAGACUGCCAAGGAUGAGAUCGCUCUGUGGUUCAAGCCGGAAGAGAUUCUGUCUUACAAGAAGGAGACCGAUAAGUGGCUGUACGAGUAGAUUCUAGACCUAUUUAUUCUGGUGCCAGAGUUUUGGGCUUUGGCCUUCUGGUACGGUACACACAAGUAGACCUCGAUUAGAUGAUCUUUGAGUGCAGAGAGGCGCAACCAACCAACCAAAUGGUACUCUCUCAGCUUCCCCGCGGUGUCGAAGUACAAUGUCAAAAAGACGAGAUAGAAUGACCUCUCAUUUACGGAUGAUACGGGAGCCGCCGCCUCUGGCUGUCUAUCUCAGAGGCUGCACUUUCAGACCCUCCCUAUGAGAUCGAUGUGAGUGACUGGUUUUGGGGACCCACACAUUUUCCAAAUAAUGGAGGCAUGCCAAUGCCCAAGUUUACUUUUACAACAUCUGACUUGAGACCACUUUUCCUGACUCUGAAGGGCUCGAAUCCAGACCAUCUAGUUUCCUGUAUUUGUUUUGUCGAGAAUGGCAUUUGGCUGUCACCUAGUCAGUUUAUAAGCUAGAAAUUGCGCCUCCCACGUAUUUCUCCUCCUGGACCGGGCCUCUCUGCCGUCCCGCUGGAAUCUCAGGCAAUCACCAUAGUUACAACAUAAUUAAAUAGUAGAUAGGUCAGCUAGCUAGUAACUUUGCGUGACCAGAUUUACCCACCUUCGCCAUUUCGUAAGAUAAUGCAUCACAUGCAAGCUCAAACGAAAGUACAUUGUUUACUUGCUAGCUUGCUCAGGCCUGUAAAUCGGGGGCUUCUUCUUCAUGACAGCGAGUGAGCAAAAAACUGCCAUGGAAAAUAAUGCAGCGC